AUGCACGGAUCAUUAGGCCCUGCUGCCCCAUGCCCAGUGCCUGUUUUAUCCUCACUGGAUACCCCAUCUCAUGGACAAUUUUCGGCACGCACCCUACCCUCUCUUCCCCGACCAUUUGCAUCCACACAGCACGUCCCUGGACAGUCCCUUGCUGCUGCUUCUUCGCCAAUGCCUGUCUCAAAUCUGCCGCUUUCUCAGUCCUCUCACAAUCAAUUGCUAUCGCCGUCUGCAGCGUCGAAGGCGGCGGCGGCAGCAGCAGCAGAAUCAGAAGCAGCAGCAGGAGCAGGAGCAGCAGCAGCCGCAGCAGCAGCCGCAGCAGCAGCAGCAGCAGCAGCAGCAGCAGCAGCAGCAGCAGCAGCAGCAGCAGCAGCAGCAGCAGCAGCAGCAGCAGCAGCAGCAGCAGCAGCAGCAGCAGCAGCAGCAGCAGCAGCAGCAGCAGCAGCAGCAGCAGCAGCAGCAGCAGCAGCAGCAGCAGCAGCAGCAGCAGCAGCAGCAGCAGCCGCCGCCGCCGCCGCCGCCGCAGCAGCAGCAGCAGCAGCUGCAGGAACACCAGACGAAGCAGCAGGAGCAACAACAACAACGACGACAUCAGCUGCAGCAGCAGCAGGAGCAGCAGCAUCAGGUGCAUGCGGAGGGACAGAGGCAUCAUCAGAAGUGGCAGCAGCAGCAACAGCACGUGCAACAACAGGAGCAACAACAGCAACGACAGCAACUUCUGCUGCAGCAACAGCAUCAGCAGCGAAGGCUCAUAGCUGCUGUUAUAGUAAUGAUCGCUGGGGCAGCCUCAGAAUCCUCAGGGAGAAAUGGAUCGACAAAUAA